GCAUCCCAGCGCCCGUGUGUGCGCCUGCCUGCCUGCCUGCCUGCCUGCCUGCCCACCGUGUUUACAUGCCUCCUUUCAGCAGCGCGAGCCCAACAUCGUCGUCCCCGUGAACUCCGGAGCCUGAGCCGCUGAGACGCCACCACCCGCCACUGCCACCGGAGCAGCGUCCUAGAUGUUCCCCCUCGCCUUUUUUGGGGUCCCCUUUUUUCCUCCUUCCUCCCUGAUGACUGUCCUCAAAGGCCUGAGCAUCUCUUCUCCGUCUCUCUUUCCCUCGCUCUCUCCCUCCGGCUCGGUCUCCACGGUGAUUUGGAUUUAACGCCACCGACUUACUAGGGCAACAUGGAAUAGCCAACAUUUGGAUUCUCUGCAUGACGAUUGUGCAGGUUACCAGCAAGAUGGCGGCUGGCGAGGCGGGGGGCCCCAACUACCUGGUGGCUUGCUGGCAGCCCAUCCUGAUCCUGUUGCUGGGCACCGUGCUGUCCGGCUCCACCACGGGCUGCCCGUCGCGCUGCGAGUGCAACGGCCAGGAGCGCUCGGUCGUGUGCCACCGCCGCAAGCUGGUCGCCCUGCCCGAGGGCAUCCCCAUGGAGACGCGGCUGCUGGACCUCAGCAAGAACCGGCUGAAGGCCGUGCAGCCCGAGGAGUUCGUCAACUACCCGCACCUGGAGGAGCUGCAGCUCAACGAGAACGUCGUCUCUGUCAUCGAGCCCGGCGCCUUCAACAGCCUGUACGGCUUGCGGACGUUGGGCCUGCGCAACAACAAGCUCAAGCUCAUCCAGCUCGGCGUCUUCACGGGCCUGAGCAACCUCACGAGCCUGGACAUCAGCGAGAACAAGAUCGUCAUCCUGCUGGACUACAUGUUCCAGGACCUGUACAACCUCAAGUCCCUCGAGGUGGGCGACAACGACCUGGUCUUCAUCUCGCCGCGCGCCUUCCACGGCCUCAGCAGCCUGGAGCAGCUGACCAUCGAGAAGUGCAACCUGACCACGCUGCCCAAGGACGCGCUGAGCCACGUCCACAACCUGCUGACGCUACGGCUCCGGCACCUCAACAUCAACGCCGUCGGCGACUACUCCUUCAAGAGGCUCUACCGCCUGCAGACGCUGGAGAUCUCGCACUGGCCCCUGCUGGACACCGUGACGCCCAAGUCUCUCUACGGCCUGAACAUCACCGCCCUGUCCAUCACCCACUGCAAUCUCACGGCCGUCCCGUACCAGGCCGUGCGCCACCUGGUGUACCUCCGCACCCUCGACCUGUCCUUUAAUCCCAUACAGUUGGUCGAGGGCAACCUGCUGCACCACAUGCUGAGGCUCCAGGCCUUCCACCUGGUGGGCGGCCGGCUGUCCACGAUCGAGCCGUACUCGUUCCGGGGGCUGAACUACCUGAAGGUCCUCAACGUCUCGAGCAACGCCCUCGCCACUUUAGAGGAGUCCGCGUUCCACUCCGUGGGCAACCUGGAGACGCUGGCGCUCCACGACAACCCGCUGGCGUGCGACUGUCGCCUGCUGUGGGUGUUCCGGCGCCGCUGGAGGCUCAACUUCAACCGGCAGCAGCCCAUCUGCGCCUCUCCGGAGGUCGUCCAGGGCAAGGAGUUCAAGGACUUCCCCGACGUGCUGCCCAGCGGCUACUUCAACUGCCUUAAGUCCAAGAUGCGCGACCGCAAGCCCCAGCACAAGUACGUGGACGAGGGCACCACGUUGCACUUCACCUGCCAGGCAGACGGCGACCCGGCGCCCGCCAUCCUGUGGCAGACGCCGCGCAAGCAGUUCAUCACGCACAAGACCGUGGGCCGGCUCAGCGUGGCGGCGGACGGAACCCUGGAGGUACGCUACGCCCAGAUCCAGGACAACGGCACGUACACGUGCAUCGCCAGCAACGCCGGCGGCAACGACACGCGGCUCGCCCACCUCCACGUGCAGAGCUACUCGCCCAACUGGCCCCAUCAGCCCAACAAGACGUUCGCCUUCAUCUCCAACCAGCCUAACGGAGACGGCGGAGUCAACGCCACGACGCGGGGGAUAGUGCCCUUCCCCUUCGACAUGAAGACUCUGAUCAUCGCUACUACGAUGGGAUUUAUCUCGUUCCUGGGCGUGGUGCUCUUCUGCCUGGUGCUGCUCUUCCUCUGGAGCAGGGGGAAGGGCAACGCCAAGCCCAACAUCGAGAUCGAGUACGUACCCAGGAAGUCGGACACCACGGGCGACAGCAGCCCGACCGAUGGACCACGAAAAAUCAACAUGAAAAUGAUGUAACAAUAAUAAUAAUAAACAGGAAAUGACAUGGAGACGGAGGAAGCCACGGGUGGGCUGAUUAUACAGUAUGUCGAACUUACUGGAGGUAUAAAUAUCUUGAAAAAAACAACAACAACAAAACAAAACAAAGCCAAUCCCUCAGUGUUUUACGAUUUCCAUUACCAGGUUCUUAAAUGAGAGCACACACCUGGAUCGAGUGACUGGAACUCACGUCAAGUGUACGUAUGUGGAUUUUUUUGGGCAAUAGAUUGUUGGGAACUGGAAAUGCAGUUCACUUUACUUUCUGUGUAAGCCAGAUGCUCAAAUUGUUGCUCAAACAGAUUGUUAUUCAGGUCUGUUCUGUGUUCUCUCCUGUACAUUGUUAUUUCUAUGUACAUAGGGCAAUGCACUUGUUGUAUGCUAAUGUUAAAAAAAAAGAGAUCCCAUGGGUUUGUGAACCUAGCGUGCAUGUACUGGAUAAGCAUAGGUCAAAUACAUGCCAACACAAAACAAACUCACCGCCAUACAACCUCCAUUCUGGUUUUGGUGACAGUUUACAUUACACAGCCUUUGUUACAUUGUACCAGUGCUGUCCCAGUGCUGUAUGGCAUACUAGACAUUAGUGUGUAACAGCAUAUUGACCCUCCGUGCUUACACUUUAAGAUUUCCAC